CCCGCACUGCAUGCUGGGAUAUGCUGUCCGGCAAAGGAUAGAUCCGAUGAAUGUGUCCUCCAAAUCGGUUCCUGGAGGGCUGCGUCCCUCGAUUGCGUUCGGAGGAGCCGACGUAAUGGGACUGGCGAGUCGCAGCGGAAGUGACGUAUGCGCUCGACGAAUGCGUCCUUAAGGAUGCAGCCUAGCGACUUUGAGACACUCGCGCAGACAGACAGCGCUCUGUCCGGGGACACGAGCUACAAAGCUAACAGCACGUGACCCCCCCUCCGCCGGGUCAUGUGAUCGACACACAUCCUGCACAAAACCGUCGUCAACUUUUCACCCAGCAUAUCCCAAACAAACGAACAUGGCGGAUUACGAAGAGAGGCAGAGCCUGCUGGGGGACGACGACUCGGGCUCGUCCGCGGGCGGACGAACGGCCGGAGGACCCGGCGGUCCGAUGCGGGCCAUCUGCGACCCGAAGCACUUCUGUCACCGGGUGGUUGUCCUGGUGUUUAUGUGCUUCCUGGGUUUCGGGAGCUACUUCUGCUACGACAACCCGGCUGCUCUUCAAUCUGAAGUCCUUCAGGACCUGAACCUGAACACGUCAAAGUUCAUGCAGCUGUAUGCCUGGUACUCUUGGCCCAAUGUGGUGCUCUGCUUCUUUGGAGGAUUCCUCCUUGACAGGGUUUUCGGCAUCAGGCUGGGGACCAUCAUCUUUUCCCUCUUUGUGUGUCUGGGACAGAUAAUAUUUGCUACAGGCGCUUUGGUGAAUCGUUUCUGGCUGAUGGAAGCUGGACGGUUCAUAUUUGGUAUUGGAGGAGAAUCCUUGGCCGUGGCUCAAAACACCUACGCGGUCAACUGGUUCAAAGGAAAAGAGCUCAAUCUGGUGUUUGGCCUUCAGCUGAGCAUGGCUCGCCUGGGCAGCACAGUAAACAUGAACAUCAUGGGUUGGGUGUACAGCAAAAUUGCCGACCUCGUGGGCUCGCCUGGGUACACGGCGCUCGGAGGGUCGCUCAUGCUGGCUGCGGUCACCUGCCUGUUUUCACUCGUGUGUGCCUUGGUGUUGGGAUUCCUCGACCGGAGAGCGGAGAGAAUCCUCCACACGGAAAAAGACAAAACGGGUGAGGUGAUCAAGUUGACGGACGUAAAAGACUUCCCCUUCCACCUGUGGCUCAUCUUCAUCAUAUGCGUGUGCUACUAUGUGGCUGUUUUCCCCUUUAUUGGACUUGGACAGGUGUUCUUCAUUGAAAAAUUCAACUUCGCCCCAGCUGAAGCCAGAGCUGUCAACAGUAUUGUUUACAUCAUCUCCGCCCCGGCGUCUCCACUCCUGGGCUUCAUGGUUGAUAAGACGGGGAGGAAUGUGAUUUGGGUGAUGAUUGCCGUGAUCACCACACUUGCCGCUCACUUGAUGCUGGCCUUCACCUUCUGGAACCCAUGGAUCGCCAUGUCCCUGCUGGGUGUCUCCUACUCCCUUCUGGCCUGUGCCCUUUGGCCCAUGGUGGCCUUUGUGGUACCUGAGCAUCAGCUGGGGACUGCCUACGGCUUCAUGCAGUCGAUCCAGAACCUGGGACUGGCACUCAUUGCCAUGGCAGCAGGAACCAUCCUAGACAACAAGGGAUACCUGGUUUUGGAAGUCUUUUUCUGUGUCUGCAUCUGCCUUGCAUUGAUUGCAGUGGUGAUGCUCUACUUUGUGGAUUACCUCAGAGGAGGAGAUUUGAACCUGUCAGCCGCAGCCAGAGCCAAGCUCCACAAAGAAGCCACUUCAGACGCCGAAUGAGGAUUAUAAAGGAAAACAAAAAGGCCAUCCAGGAGCUGUCAAUCAACUUCCACUUGGUGGGACUGCACUACUGACUCAGUACUCUCACCUGUGGCUCUUCCCAUCAGAUCGGACUGUCUGGCCCUGACUAUUACAUAACUACCCAUGUCCUAAUAGCUUGUUCUGUCCUUAUCGGGACGCUGACAAAUGACACAUAUCAGCAUGGACCCUUGGAAGCAUGGAAGUUCUUUACUGACCUUUUUAUAUUUGCUUCAUUUCAUCCAAUAUUCAACCUCCACAAUUUCUAUUCCACUUCGGCCGUGUCGGUCCGAGUCCCGUCAGUUACUGAAGAGUUUUACUUCCAAAGUGUUUGGAUCAAAAAAAGAUGCAGCUCAUGUCCUGUAGAAAGGUGCCUAGUUAUGAAAAAAUAGAGCUUGAUUUUAUGACCUGCUAAUUCAACCCACCAUAUCAAUUCAAUUGUUUCAAAUGUAAAUAGGUUAAUUUUUUUGAUGUUUUUAUUAGUUUGGUUUUGCAAAUUGUUUCCAGAAGAGCUCAGUCACUUGCCUUAUUGCAGGGAACUCUGCAGUUAGUGUACAUAGCGGUUGUCAGCAGUCACAAUUGCACAGCAAAAACCACCUUACUGGGCUUUUCUUAGUUAUUUCUUAUUCAAUUUGAAUCUUAAAGAGCGUAGCUCUUUAUUUUCCAAUUCCUUUAUCUGCUCUUGAAUGGGCGCAUAAAGAUGUAUGUAUUUUUUUGCAUCAUCAGUGGUACAUUACCACAAAAAAAAUCAAAAGACUUUGUAAUGGAUUUUUUAAUGAUAUUGGUAUUUGUAUAAAUGUGGCCUUUUUUAUCAGUUCCACAUAUAUGUGGUGUUUUCGACUGUCUUUUGCUCAACACCUCCUGAAAAUCAAUAUUUCUGACUUUCUAAAGUUUGACUUCCCACUUUUUUGCGGGUAUGUGACACCACCGUUUGUUGGUCGGUUACAGGUGCAAAAGAGCAAACUUUCUGUGAAUACCCGAAAGUGAUGCGGUGCAUUUAUUCCGAGACAGAAUGGAUUUUAAAAGUCUGAGGGAGUAGAACUCUGCUUUUCAUUGAAGUGUUGAGUUACUCUUUGAAGGGCCAGCACGUCUAUGAAGAUGUGUGGGAAUGCACAUUGAACGACCACACUGUCAUACAGCCAGAUAUCAUGCUGCACUCCUCCCUGAUCACUCUUUUGCACUGCAGCGAUGUGACGGCAGGACAGUAUUUCCUUAACUGACAAUGUUUAUGUUAAACUACCAACUGUUAUUGAGCUGUCUACAAUACAUGACAUGGUUGAGAAAUUACAGCAGAACUGUUGCACUGUUUCUUUGUAAAACCAAUUGACUUUUGAUGGCAGAUUAUUAAUGGAACUCUGACGUUUAAUUAAACAUUCAUGUCUGAAAGCUUGUGGA